AUCUUUUCCACUGUUACAUCACAGGUUUUUUUCAUAAGUAGCUCCCCAGCGUGAGGUGUGACUACUGUUGUUUACCCCAUUUUACCAGCUACUGGUGUUUCGUAAAGGAAAAGAUUAUUUACCACUUGAGACUGUAAUACAGGUAUACUGGCAACGCAUUACUUCAGAAACAAAGAGCCAAUUAACUUGCAACAGUAUGUCCAUGUUAAAGUCCCUUCGGAAGUUUCAACCAGUUAGCAGAUGCCUCAUUCCUUUUCUCACAAGUAACAGUUCUCCAGCUGGAAGUAGGAUCACUACCCAAAGGUUUAUUGGAAUGGUGCCAAUAGUAAUUGAACAAACAGGGAGAGGAGAGAGAGCAUAUGAUAUAUUUUCUCGUUUACUAAAAGAAAGGAUCAUAUGUGUUAUGGGACCGAUAGAUGACAGUAUCGCUAGCUUGGUAAUUGCCCAGCUGUUGUUUCUUCAGUCAGAAAAUAAUAAAAAGCCCAUCCAUAUGUAUAUAAAUAGUCCCGGAGGAGUCGUCACUGCAGGCUUGGGAAUAUAUGACACAAUGCAGUAUGUUCAACCUCCUAUAGCUACUUGGUGUGUUGGACAGGCUUGUUCCAUGGCUUCUCUUCUUUUGGCAGCUGGUAGCCCAGGCAUGAGACACUCUUUACCUCAUUCACGUAUCAUGAUUCAUCAGCCUCAUGGUGGAGCUCAGGGUCAAGCUACAGAUAUCCAGAUUCAAGCAGAAGAAAUUAUUCGACUAAAAGAAAGAUUAAAUUUGAUAUAUGUUAAACAUACAGGAGUACCUUUAGAAAAAAUAGGUAAGUACUUCAACAGAACUGUACCUUUAGCAUUAGAUUGUAGUAAGAGGAAAUAGUUCUUUAGUCAUUAA